AUGAAACGCGGUGCAGGUGUUACGGUGAGUGAGUUAUAUGAGGCAGCUGAGCCACAUGGUGUCAUUUCACAAGUGGAAUUUCUCCUGAUGCCAUCUUCAAGGAGGAGGCCACACUCCGUUAUCCGGCUACUACGGGAUGGCUGCCACCAUGCACUGACCUUCAAAGUCGUCACUGCGGAUGGUCAUUUCGUUACUGCGUCGGAAACCUCAUAUCCUGACCUCUUCUGGACUCUCCACGGAGGUGGUAGCGGUAUUGCGCCCGAAUAUGCCAGUGACUCUAUCAAACUUCGCCUUGGAAACACGACAUUUGCCACUGCGAGUAGGGAAAUAUUCUGGCUAGGAGUGAGGAAAUACUUCGAGAGCUCCAUCAUGUACACUAAUGCUGGCUUCUACUCGUUUUUCUUUGCCCUCAACAGCGGAGGCCAGCUUACUCUCAGAAUCAAUGGCCUCUUUGCUCCAAAUCAUACCAUCGAGUCCCUUAACAAGAUUACAAAGCCAUGGAUGAAUAGGCUCAAGGAACCGGCAGUUCUGUUGAAGAUGGAACAAAAUACGGCAUACUUCUUUCCGGGGUAUAUGGAUGCAUGGGGCUCCCACCUCUUCCCUGUUAGGAAAGCGCAUUCCCUCCUAGGUAACCGACUACUAUCACGGCGUAGCUUCAUGGAUCUCACGAGAUCCAACGCAACAUUCAACGUCAUGAAGACUCAUGUGGAGGUGGAGCGUCAUUUGGGCGGUGGCGGAAGGCCGUGUGCUUUCUCAUCACCUCGUCAGCCAGGUUCGCGGGUGGGAAAUAUCACCGCAGCGGAGAUGAAGAUCGCAUCGGAUGAGCUAACGAAUAAUAUCCUUCCGCCGUGGCGUGAAGUUGCGCCAGCAGGUGAAGGCGGAGGCUCGUAUCCGAAUGAGGCUCAAAUCACGGAGCCAAAUUGGCAGGACGGUUUUUAUGGUAGCCAUUACACGAGGUUGCUGAAGAUCAAAAGGAAGUAUGAUCCAGGAGACCUGUUCUAUGCCACACCAACUGUUGGAAGUAAGGGACUUAAAAUGGACGGCCUUGUCGUUCAGAAAAAGCGUGAUAAAUUCAAAGCCUCCCAAAAAGAUAAAGAUUACAAGAUAAAGGGAGCUGCGGUCCAUAUGGGACUAUCCAAUCUGCUCCUGUGGUGUCCAGCGCCACGGUCAUCCUCGAUGUUCAUUGACCACGACAACAUGCAGCUCAAGGAGCAACCAGGAGUGCCUUCGCGAGUGCCAAAUAUCUUCGAAACCCUGUUGGGUUACUUAUACCAGAUGGAUGACUUGGCUCACAACACCGACCCAUAUAACCACCACCCACAGUAUGUGCUAGCAUUGAAGCAAAGGAAGCUUGGAAUACAAGCAACUUUCAACAGUGUCGAUGGCCGUCGUGUUGCAGUAUUGGUAGCAUGUCGACUUCCCAGGUGUGCCAUAAGAGAUAAUGCUAUUGACUUCACCGUUGCAGCAUGAAUCGAGGAUAGUGGAAUUGUCGCCCCCUAUAGGUACUGCGCAGGAUGGGCUGAGUGUUGGGGGCUGGGGUGGCGGGCCGUGAAUUGUGCAUGAAUUGUUUGCCAUUUAGAUGCGUAGGAAGGUGGAUUGAUCGGUGAGGCCACAAUUAACCUUAGAAAGAGAACUCAGAAUUGAAAGAAGACUAAAAACGGACAGAGGGCAACAAAAAUGAGUUGGAGCCAAAGUAUUAUUGAGAGAUCGGAGGGUGAGCACACUUAAAAGCGGAUAUGGUCGAGGUUGUG